AUCUUAAUUGCAAAAAUGUUUAGAGUUUUUUGUACAGAUUUGCUUGUUUUUGGUUUCAGAAUGCCGGCGUCGCUCUCAGGGAUGACCGGUGGAGAGAUCGGAAAAAUCACAUUUGUGUUUGAGACGAUCUGCUCUGCUGACUGUGAGCUCUACUUCAUGAUGGAUGUGAAUAGGAAGAGCACCACAGUGGUGGAGUCCUGGGAGGGCAGCAAGGGGAAGCAGGCGUUUUCCCACAGCAUGACCAGAAACGCCUCUGUGACGUACACCUGGGCCUUUCAGAGGACGAGCCACGCUCUGGACGUGCGCCGUUACGUCAGCGACGCGGUGAAGAUCUACUCCAUCAAGGUGACCAACGUCCUGGACGGGGUGGCGUCGGCGUGCCGGGCCUGCGCCCUCGUCCCGCAGAACUCGCAGCGGGCCGGCUCCUCCUGCGUCCCCUGCCCCGCCGGGUUCUUCAUCGACCGGGAGACCAACAGGUGCCAGGAGUGUCCGGCCAACACGCACCUGGCUGGACGGCACACCUACGGCCAGGACGCCUGCAUCGCCUGUGGACCUGGAAGCAUCAGCAACAAGGAGCAUUCCCGCUGCUUCAGCGACUGCUUUUUCACCCACACUGAGAACAACAGAACGCUGACCUUUGACCUCAGCCCCAUGAGUGAUGUGGCUUCGCUGAUAUUGGGGCCAAGUUUCACCUCUAAAGGCACAAAGUACCUGCACCUGUUCAAUAUCAGCCUCUGUGGCCACGAGGGGAAACGAGCUGCCGUCUGCACCGAUAACGUCACCGACGUGUCCAGCAAAGACGACCAGAGUGAACUGUCUCAGUUCGUCAACACGGUGGACAGCUUCCUGUGCCAGUCGACCAUCAUCCCAGGAGAUGGGCGGGGCUUCAGGAUGGCCAUCUCCUCCCAGUCCAUCAGCCUGGCCGACACCUUCAUAGGAGCAACAGUGGACACGGUUCUCAGCGGAGUGAACGCCAAACCAGACCUGUUCCCAGAAAAUCCAAACGACGUUCCGGAUAUCAACUUCUUCUACAGGUCAACGCAGGCGACAGCUUCCUGUGAUCAGGGUCGGAGUUCAGUCAUCACGGUCCGCUGCGACCCGGAAGCGUCAGACAGAGGGGGACUUUCUGUGUCCAGCUCCUGUCCUGCAGGGACGUGUGACGGAUGCACGUUUCACUUCCUGUGGCAGAGCGCCAGCGCCUGUCCGCGCUGCACCGAGGCCGACUACCACCUGAUAGAGGGGGCCUGCAGGGGGGGAAUCCAGGAAACGCUGUACGUGUGGAACGAACCGAAGCUGUGCACCAAAGGCGCGGCUCUGCCUUCCCGAAGCUCCGCCCCCUGCGAGGUCAUCGCUCUGUGGCUGAAGGUCGGGCUCGGCGUCGGAGCCUUCGUCGCCGUGCUGCUCGUCUCCCUCACCUUCUAUUUCUGGAAGAAAAACAAGAGGUUGGAGUAUAAAUACUCUCGCCUGGUGAUGUCGGCCAACAAGGAGUGUGAGCUUCCAGCUGCAGACAGCUGUGCGCUGGCGGAAGGAGAGGAGGCCGAGGACGACGUGGUUUACACCCAGAAACCCUCCCUGCUGGGGAAACUCAGGGCCAUCGCCAACAAGCAUGAGGGCGGAGAGAGCAGCGAGUCGGUGCAGCUCAACUCCUCCCACGCCGAUCGAUGGGUCCUGGGAUGAGUUCCCUGAUGGACGGUGAUGCGUUCGCUGUCCAGAGUCCUGUGUGUCUUUUUUUCUACUGACCUGCAGACAGCCUGGAUAAUACAUCGUAAUUUUCCCCCACAGUUUAACUCCAUGGAUGCAAAAACUGCACCAAAAAACAAAAACGUUCCUUUUAAUGUUUUUUGUACGUUUUGUAUUUUAUUUAUUUUCUGUUCAGGUUUGUGUAUUUAUAUUGUUAUGAUAAAUAACGUUUAUUAAAGUCCUGUUUGGCUUUAUUAGAAGGUCUCUCAAGUCAAUGUUGAGUGAAUGGAGGCGAACUUUGUACAAAAACUGUUUAUAAAACUUAAUUUUAAUGCA